AAAAAGCAGCUAUUUUGUUCUCAAUAUAUUGUUUGACUCAAUUGGGCCUUUUGAUUGGUUAGGUAUUGCUUUGUUCAGAAUAUUGUUUUUAGUUUUAUGUAUUGAAAUAUUAUUGUCAUUCAUUUGGUCAUCUAAUUAGGAAUUAUUAUUCCCCUUAUGUAAAUUGCGUUUUUAAUAAAUGCCUUUGUGUUUGGUAGUGCCAUUUAUUUAUUUGAUUUGUCGUAUUAAUAUUUUGUAAUUCUGAUACUGAGUGUGGAUAGUGUGAUAAACGAUGACUUCUCUCUCUCAUGUUGUUUGCUUGCCCUGAGUUAAUGAUUUUGACUACUGGUUGACUUAAAGAAUUGAAAUGUUCUUCAAAGUACAGAUUUUAACGAGGUUGCAUUCAAAUCAUUAGCAUAUUUAUCUUUUCAAUAUGCCGUUAAUACAAAUAACUCAUGGGAGAGUAUCAAAGGUCUGUAAGAAUUCUGCAACCAUGUAAAAAUGGCAGACAAAUCACACAUAUAAAAAUGUUCUCCUAGGUGUCGGGGGUGGCAAUGGCCACCCCCGACCACCACCUAGCACCGCCCCUAGAGAGGAACAAGGACGACGGGCUUUCGGAGCGCCCGGUUCCCCGGCGGUGAGUCUUUCUCUCCGUCUUCUCAGGGUCAGUUUUUAAUGCGUGUUGUGGUCGGAAGAGGGCGAAGUGCGUUUGAGGCUCCCAACUGGAUCAUCGCCUGCAGAAAAUAUAUAAAUAUAACAAUAACCUCCUCCCUCCCUCCUCCUGGUUUGGAUUCAGUCUGCAAGCAGGAGAGGACGCCGCCGCAGACAGACAUCCUUCCUCCAUCCUCCGCGGAGACUCCAAGAAACGUCGGGAAGGGGUUUGCGAGGAGACGACCGAGGAAGGGGGAGGAGGGGGCUUCCUUCUUUGGAUUUUACCCGGGGGUGAAGGAGGAAAAAAAAUAAAACAAGGGAGUAUUAGAAGAUCCCACAAGUGGCCGAGCGAUGGUUUAGCGUUGCCACCGGUUCGAAUCUUUGCCGCCCGCACGACCUGCCAGCAAAAAUCCAUCAUCCCAUCCACAUCGGGGGACGCGACCUGGAGGGAGAUGGAGGCUAUCUUCCGGAUGGCGUUGCUGCUGCACGUCGGCCUCGCCAUCGCGGCGGCGGUGCACGGAGGCGGCGCGGCGCAACUCGGCGGCCACCGGCUGGCGCACCUCCGCGGCGACAACGAGGAGCGCCAGCGCCUCCCCGCCGCGGUCGCCGACUUCCUGCAUACGGGCGACUCGAGCGCCCUGGAGCAGGCCAAUUGCUCGCGCAGGUUCGAGCUGCUGCGCGGGGGGAGGUCACCUGAGAACCCGCAUCGCUCCGCGCUGGAUGCGGUGCUGCACGCCGCCAACUUCCUCAGCUUGGUGCUGCAAGCCAACAGGUCCAGGGAGCAGAGCGUGCGGCGAGACGUGGAGUGGUACCAUGCCCUGGUGCGGAGCCUCCUCCUCGGGGAGCAGAAGAUCCACCGGGCUGUGGUCGCCUUCUCAUCGGACGGGCCCGGGGUGCACCUCCAGGCCACCAGGGCCGGAGGUGAGAUCGUACUCCGGGACCUCUCCGGCCUGCACAACCGCUCGAGGGACGGCGAGUGGUACCACGGCGUCAAGCACAGGAGGAAGACCACCUUCCAGAAGAAGAUGCUGAGCCAGGAUUUCGCAGCCGUGCACAACUCCCUGAGGAGAGGUGAAAGUUUGAUCCCGGACAAGACUCACGUCAAGUGGUCGGCGCCAUACCUGGAGUGCGACAAUGGGAACUUUGUCCCUCGCUGGUUGUUGACAUUGUCGGCUGCGUUCUAUGGUCUCAGGCCUAACAUGGCUCCGGAGUUCAGGGGCGUGGUGCGAGUGGACAUUAAUCUCCAGGAUGUUGAUAUCGACCAGUGCGCCACUGAUGGCUGGUUUGCUGGAACCCACGGCUGCAACCUGACCACUAUGGAGUGCUUGCCGACGCGUGGCCACGGCUUCGUCCUGGACAAGUACAAGUGUCACUGCAAAAAAGGCUUCUACCACCCCAACCGAUUGGCCGUCACUGGGGCUGGCGGGAGGGACAGUGGGCCAAACAUGGACGAGUCACCCUCCAGCGACUGCCUGCCAUGCCGGCCGGGCUGCGCCUACUGCAAGGACGACACGCCGUGCGCGGCCGGCAAGGACGAAACGCUGCGCACCGCCGUCAUCUCCUUCCAAAGCCUCUGCGUCCUGGUGGUCUUCGUCAGCAUGAUGCUGGUGUACCACUUCCGAAGGAACAAGAGUAUCCGAGCGUCGGGGCUCGUCCUGCUGGAGGCCAUCUUGUGCGGAACGCUGCUUCUCUAUUUCCCGGUGGGCAUCCUCUACUUCCAGCCCAGUGUGUUCCGCUGCAUCCUGCUGCGCUGGGUUCGACUGCUGGGCUACGCCACCGUCUACGGAACACUCACCCUCAAGUUGUACAGCCUCACCCACAUUGGAGCGCACCGUAAACCAAACAAUAUGGUCCUGAAGGUUUUCCUGUCGCGCACGGCUCAGAGGAUUCCCUACCUGACCAGCUGGCGGGUUCUGCGUCUGCUGGCCAUCAUCCUCCUGAUAGUCUGCUGGUUCCUGGUAGCCUGGACGUCGGCCGUGUGCCAAGUCGCCGACAGAAAGUUGGCGCUGAUCGACGUUGGCUACACGCCCAACGGACUGCAGUUCAGCAUGUGCCUGCUGGAUCGAUGGGACUACAUGAUGGCCGUCGCCGAGUUCCUGUUCCUGCUGUGGGCGGUGUACCUGUGCUACGCUGUGAGGACGGUGCCGUCCGCCUUCCACGAGCCUCGCUACAUGGCCAUCGCCGUCCACAACGAGCUCAUCCUGUCGGCCAUCUUCUACGUCAUCAGGUUCACGCUGGCUCCGGAGCUCCAUCCCGACUGGAUGCUUCUGCUCUUCUUCACGCACACGCACCUGACCGUUACGGUCACGCUGGGCCUGCUGCUCAUUCCUAAGUUCCUGUUCGCGGGCACGCAAAUGCGAGACGACAUUGCCUCGGAGGCGUACGAGGACGAGCUGGACAUGGGUCGCUCGGGCUCCUACCUGAACAGCAGCAUCACGUCGGCGUGGAGCGAACACAGCCUGGACCCUGAAGACAUUCGGACGCCAGAGGAAACGGGCCCUCUCAGUUCUAUUAAUGGCUGUGGCGUAAGAUCAUGCGACAGUCUUUGGGAAAAACGUACCAACGAGGAGCUGAAGAAACUCUACUCCCAGCUGGAGAUUUACAAGAGGAAGAAGAUGCUGGCCAACAACCCCCACCUGCAGAAGAAGCGAAGCUCCAAAAAGGGCCUGGGACGCUCCCUGAUGAGACGCAUCACCGAGAUCCCCGAGUCGGUGCACCGCCAGUGCAGCCGUGAGGAAAAGGACGGCGGGGAGCACGGCAGCAAUCGGAACAGCAUCUGCGUUCUGAAGAAAAACCCCUUCGAUCAAACGCACCCCGCCAAACAGGCCAAGGAAGAGACCCCGAAAAACAAGGUGUUCUCCUUGAAGAAGUCACACAGUAGCUACGAUCACGUCCGAGACCCGAGCGAAGACUCGAGCAGCUCGGCGACGGACAAGACGGAGGUGAGUGCCAUGGAAGGCUCCCUGCUGGAUGCCCUGAUGGGCAAAAAACUGGUCAAGAAAAAGUCCCGGGAGAACCUCAACGCCCCCAGCGAGUCCACGGAGUCAGUGCCUCUGGUCUGUAAAUCGGCCAGCGCCCACAACCUGACCGCCGACAAGAAACCCCUCCACCCUCGAGCCUCAAUGCUGCAGAAAUCCCUCAGCGUCAUCGCCACCGCCAAGGAGAAGACGCUGGGCUUGGCCGGAAAAACCCAAAGUGCCGAGGACGGUCCCAAGAAGGCUCAGCCGAGAAGCAAAGAUGAGAGCGAAUCCAAGAACCUCAGUGCCAAAAGCAGAAACGUCAAACAACCCGCCGUCUCCUCCGAUCCGGUCAAGGGGAAAGACCUUUACAAUGUCUCCGAGGUGUGUCCCUGGGAGGUGGAAGACCUCCCGACACCUUCGGAGAACAAGGUCCAAAAACAUGUGUCGAUAGCGCCGGAAGAAACCACCACGGUACACGGGGGCAACAUCAAGGGAGGCAAAGCCCAAAAGCAGACGCUCUCGGAUCCCAAUUCCUCCGGCAUCAAACAUUCCAAGGAAGCUCAGUGGACCAACACCGCAAGAGCGGACGUCUGUCCUUGGGAGGCGGGAGGAACCGAGAGCCAAAGCGGUCCGGCUUUCAGUCCAAAUAAGACAGACGGGGAACCUCCGUCCAAAGCGGAAAACGCCAAAAGCAACCGGGCCGAGGUUUGUCCUUGGGACUUUGGAGAGCCAACGGUAGGGAUUUUUCCCGCAAUGACUGUGUACACUCCAGGAAGGAACACAAUCCCAGAUGUCUCCAAGACGGCUAGCUCGCUUAAAGUCGAAGUUUGCCCGUGGGACAAUCCUGCGUCCCCUAGUUCUGAGGGCAUGCCCAGCCCAUCUCGGAGUUCCAAACCCAAGGAAUCCCCUUCCAAAAAGAAGGGAAGCCGAUCCACGCGGACGCUUGAGAAGGACAAAUCAAAAGAUGGCCAAGGCGAGAAGAGUCGAACGACAGCCAAGGACAAGAGUAAAUCUCCCGAGAAACGACAGAAAUUAGCCGAGGUUUGUCCCUGGGACGCCGACGGUCAUCAGGAGGCGGCCGUCGUCGAGAAACGCAAAAGCGCAAACGUCGGGGCGGCCAAAGUCAAGAAGGCUGAGGUUUGUCCGUGGGACUUUGAAGACGUGUCGGAGAAAAGCGGCUCGGACAAAUCCGCCGCAGCCAGGAGGAGCAAUCCCGAUCCGGCGAAGAAGGCCGACGUUUGUCCCUGGGACUUUGACGAUAAGACGGCGUGACACUCAGCCUGAACGGACCAGUGAUGCCCUCCGAGGGUGGCACGGGUGGUCAUCUGACCUUUGACUCUUCGUAGGUGACUUACAAAAAAAAAAAAGUCAAUUCUGUUCCACGAGUUGCCUUCCUUAACGACGUUCGGUUCCUGUUUUGCGUACUUUUGACGACCACACCUUUUACAAACGACACCGAUGAGCAUUCCAGACGAUCGCAGGGAAAUCCUGAAUCCUACUCGUAGACCAAUUAUGCAAGUUUCCAUUCUUCACCGAAGCAGUUUUGUGUGUCUGUACCCGAAUCAGAGGAGUUGUUUUAUGAAGUCACAGAGGAAUUACGAAAGCUCAAGAAGAUUCAAGGCCGCACAGAGGCACGUCGGUGUUCAGCGUUUCGGAAUCCAGUCACGUCUAAAGCACUUUAGCCAACUCCAUUCACCGACUCUUCAUCUUCUCACAUCCUUUCUUCUCUUCUAGUUUGCUAUCGAUUCGAUUGACGUUCUGAUGUACUGUAUGUGCCUAAAGUGAGGAACUAGCCUCCUCGCCUCAUCCUUCGUCCCGACGCCAUCGCGAGCCAGCGGCGUCCUGCUCGGCAACAAACAUCAAUAAUCGUGUCCUGCUAUGCCAACCUAAAACACUAAACAUCCACGGGAUCGUGUUCAACGCAAACAUACCUUUAUUUAUUGUAUUUAUUUAUUUUUUUGACGUCUUGCGAAGAAGAAGCAGCACUGCCAUGUUGACUUGUACUGCCCCGGCGAUCACCGGCCAGCCGUACGUUUUUAAAAAGAAGUUGCCCUAUUUUGGAAAUGCGUCGUCAUUGGUUUGAUUUCGACGCUUGAGAUUUGCUGUCUGACGUUGAACUUCGAUGGACCGCCAUCGACGUUUGAAAAUAAAUAACUAAAUGCAUGGUCAACAGUUAGAAAUUAUUUCAAAUAUAUAACGCCGUGUUUCCAGAUGAGAGCGACAACACGUAAUAACGCCGCGGUAUUUCGUCUUUCACAUCCUGGGAGGGUAGACGUAGACGUCGACUUCCCUUGUAGCGCGUCAUCCACCAAUCAGACCGAAGAACCCCGUUGUCAAUCAAAAUCUGACCACGCCUCCUCUUGCUACCACUACUACUCCUACUAUUACGAGUACUACUACUACUACUACUACUCUUACUAUACAAUGCUGUAACGUCGUAAAUCUUGUGGCUUCUGCAUGAAUUCGAGAAAUUAGUCGGACCAAUGUUUCACUGCCCUGGAUAGAAAAAAAAGAUGUUUAUGGACUGUUACGAGUUGUAUAGUGAGUGACUGUGUCUCUGACCCACUGUAUUAUGUGCUUGUUGUGACGACGACAAGCUUAUAGCAUCCAUAUAUGGCAAAACUUUGGUAGAUUUCUAUUGUGUUCUUAUUGUGAUAGCAUGUACAGGAAAGAAAAAAAAGAUUACCUCCUCUGCAAUAAAUAUUUAUAUGAAAAAAAACAA